AUGAGACGACGGAACAAUGGCUCGGGCGGCGGCUACGCCGGCUGUUGCUGUCAGACCAGCAAGAGACCGGGUCGUAACGGAUGCAACAUAACGCUGGGAAACGAACCGCUCGGAUGGUGCAUCUACGCGACGGUCGCGUUGGUCGCCGUUGGCUGCUACCUGAACGCGUUAGGUGGUGAUUUCGUGCACGACGAUAUACCCGCGGUGCUGAGGAACAAAGACGUGUUAGCUCAGACACCGUGGACCAGUGUUUUCAAUGACGAUUUCUGGGGAACGCCGAUGCACGAUCUCAACAGCCACAAGAGCUACAGGCCCUUGACCACCCUGACCUUUCGGCUGAACUACCUGAUGUCGGGAUUAACGCCAAGCUGGUAUCACGCGACGAAUAUUGGCUUGCACGCCAUUGCAUGCGUUUUGGUCACAAGGGUGAGCAUAGUCGUCGCAUCGUUGCGUCCCGGAUUUGCAGCCCUGACCGGGUUGCUGUUUGCCGCUCAUCCUGUACACACGGAAGCGGUGACUGGUAUCGUCGGACGAGCGGACGUUCUAGCGUGUAUCUUCUUCUUGCUGUCGUUUCUUGCUUAUCACGGGCAGCAGACGGCUUACGUGUGGAGCAGCGUGUGCCUGGGAGCGCUAUCGAUGUUAGCCAAGGAAACCGGCAUUACUGUUUUGCCUCUAAACCUUCUUUACGACCUCUGUCGCUCCUGGCAUUCAAUCAAGAGAUCUAUUUUUGAAGCUAGAUGGAACGACGAUUCAAGGCACUUCUCUCGGCGCGCUGCAACUUUACUCGUUUCGUUUGGUGUGCUGCUGGUUGUGCGACUUGCUCUCCUUCACGGCGCUCUACCAAAGUUCUCGCCGCAGGAUAAUCCGGCAGCUUUUCAUCCCUGUUUCCACGUCAGAUUAUUGACGUUCUGCUAUCUGGCGGCUCUGAAUUGCUGGUUGCUGCUCUGCCCAGCGACACUUUCGCACGAUUGGCAGAUGGGAUCCGUUCCUUUGGUCGCUUCGUUGGCUGACACCAGAAAUCUGGCGACCUGCCUGUUUUUCGGCGGUUGUCUCAUUCUCACGUACAAAGCCUUCACAGAUUUCGAGCAACAGAGGCACCCGCCUCUUCUUCUUGGUUGGAUGUUCCUGGUACUGCCGUUCCUCCCCGCAUCCAAUCUAUUUAUUACCGUUGGAUUCGUCGUCGCGGAACGAGUACUGUACAUGCCGAGCGUUGGAUGGAUCCUUUUGGUCGUUUACGGAAUGCAAAUCUGCUGGACAGCGAUACCACGCAGAAGAAGUUUUAUAACCGCGGGAAUAGCGCUGCUGUUGAUCUUAGGGUGUUACAAAACCGUUCUUCGGAACAAAGACUGGACGUCCAGAGAAACUCUACUCAGAGCGGGGUUGCGGUCUCUUCCUCACAACGCCAAGAUGCAUUACAACUUUGCCAACUUCCUCAGAGACAUGUCGCAUCCGAACCGUGCGAUCCUGCAUUACCAGCUAGCCCUUUGGCUAUGGCCAGCUUAUGCCAGUGCCCAUAACAACCUCGGUACACUGACAGUGGGCGAUCAAGCGGAGCAACACUUUUUGGCGGCGAUAAACGCGCAGCCGGGGCACGUGAACGCUCACUAUAAUCUUGGUCAACUUUACAGGAAAACAAACAGGACAGAGGAAUGCAUACGAAUGUUACAAAAAUGCGUGUCCCUCGACCCGGCGUACACGCCCGCGUACUUGGUCCUAGCGAGAUUAGCAAACGGUCCAGCGGCGGGGGUGCUUCUCAGACACGUCGUUCGACUGCAACCCCGAAGUCCGGACCACCUCGCGGAAUAUGCUUCCUGGUUGUACCAAAACGGCAAAUGGCUACCCUCCCUGAAAUACUAUCUCAAAGCCAUGGAGAUCUCGCCCUCGCACAGAUCGUCGCUGUUGGGGACGGUCAGGAUUCUGAAGUCGCGGGGUCAAUGGCCAAGGGUGCAUCAACUCAUCACCAGAUGGCAUUUGAUGUUACGAGCGAAACGGGGUGGUUUCAUAUAUCGUGGCGAUCUUUACAUACGCUCGUGGCAGCUGCAAAGCGAAUCCCGUCGUCGAGCCCACCAGUAUCAGGGGAAUCUCUGCUUAUCGGAGGGUGGUUGUUUGACGCCGCGUGUCGCGAGCGUGUCGGUGCAGCUCGAGCAGGACAGCAACAAGUCGGAACAGCUGGAGCGACCGCCUCGCUGUAACGUACGUACCUGUAGACAGCCGCGGAAGGGAAAAUCGCGGGUCACCGCGCCGACUCUCCUCGUACAGAAUCUCCUGGAGACGCUCUAGCUACCGUGAAACUUGGAGUAACUCGGCCCCGUUCGACGCGCGACCACGGAGCACGAGUCCUGGACACCCGCUCGAAAACGAGUGUCCGGGCCACGAGGAUCGCCGUCGCCGGUUACGCGACGGAUGGAACGCGACAGGAUAAACCAGCGUUUCCCAACGUGCUGGCCGGUUGAGACUCCGGGGUGGCGUAAGUGCUCAAACGCUUCACUUUUAUUUUAUCGAAUACACGAAUCAUUUCGGAGACACUGUUGUCCACAGUGAGAGUAUAUUUUCAAAUAGGCUUUUUAACGUAAAAUCGGUUUUUUUACAUGAAAUGGGGGAUGUAAGAGAUAGCUACAACCAGAAGAGAAAUAGUAUAUCCAACCGUGUACUAUGUAAAGUCAAAAUUAUACACUUUGUGGAGAAGACGCGCUUUCGUGUUAAGUCUGUUUAAUGUUGCCAAACGGUGUGCAUCGGUCAUCCGUCUCGCUCUCGAAAAUAUUCUGUAGCUUCGUCGGUUCAAACUUUACGAAUAUAUUUUUAAACAACGUAAAGACGAAACUUUCGAUUUGUUUGCCGCUGCACCGUGGAUAAUCCUCUCUUAAGUGCACAAUAGGAUCGGGUCUGUUCGAUUUAAGAGGAGGGGUUCGUUGGAA